UUUUCGGCCACUUGGGUGAUGCGCAGGCUUUGGAAUGUUUUACAUCAGUACAUAUUUACCAUAAACUUACUUUUUACACUUCACGACUGGGAAUAGUUGUCGGAAAUAUCACCAGUUCAGGACGCACAGCCUCGGAGUCGCCGUCAGGCGCUAGCUCGCGCGAUUGUCAUAGCAGAGAAGAGAGGCUGAGAUGCCUUUCUUCAACAACAUCUACUACCCUUAUCAGGUGGACGGCCAGGGUGCCCAGACAUCUGUGGGGAUCCCCUCGCUGCUCAGCUCUCCUCAGAGCCACCAGUCCGGGCACAGCCAGCACACAGGCUCAGUGGGCACCAUGUCCACCCAAGCCUCCGCCUCGUCCGCCUCGUCCGCUGCCGUGCCGCUCCCGCCCUUCAGGUUCCGCACGCGGCGCGAGAGCGUGGACUGGCGUCGGCUGGGCGCGCUGGACGUUGAGCGCGUGGCGAGCGAGCUGGACUUCCAGACGCUGCAGGAGCACAUCGCGGGCGUGACCUUCUGCAGCGUGGAGGCCGAGCGGUGCCAGCGGUGCCAGGCGCCCGUGGACGGGGCGCUGCUGAAGCUCUUCCGGCUGUCGCAGCUGACGGUGGAGUACCUGCUGCACUCGCAGGACUACCUGAGCGCCGCCCUGCAGGCGGCCGAGGAGAGGGCGCAGGCCGAGCGCGGCGAGAAGGAGCAGGCGCACCUCGCGCUCCGCAACAGCGCCGACGAGCUGAAGGCACUCAAAGAGGAGCUCAAGCAGAGGAAGAAGAUCAUCGCCUCGCAGCAAGCCAUGAUCAGCACCGGCCUCACGGGCUACUUCAAGUGCCACCACUGUGACAAAGCGUUCAUGAACGCCACGUUCCUGCAGGGUCAUAUGCAGCGCAGACACCUGGAGGAUUAUGAUAUCAAGCUCCUGACGGACGGGCAGAAGAAGGUGCAGUGUGUGCGUCUGCAGGAGGAGAUGGAGCGGCUGAAGGAGCAGCUCUCGCUGACCCGCUCUCAGCUGGACACGCAGCAGCAGGCCGGCGUGGCCAAGGCUACUCAGGAGAGAGAUCUGAAUGAGCGGCAGGAGGAGCUGAUCCGGGACCUGGAGGAGUGGAAGGCGGACGAGAGGAGGACCAUGGAGCGACGGAUAGAGGAGAUCAGGCAGCACUGUCAGAGAGACGUUGAUACGCUCUAUCACAAGAACACGCUGCUGGAGCAGCAAUUAGCAAAGGUCCAGGAGACCAACCGCGAGCUGGUGUCCAGGGCUCAAGAGGGGACGCAGGGGACCACGCAACGCGAGACGAAGAGGAGGACCACGCGCCCAGACGCUCACGAGGACACACACGCGCCGGGCGAGCGCGGCAAACACCAGCAGGAGAUCGUCACUCUGGAGCAGAAGCUGCAGGCGCAGGAAGAGAAGUGGACUGACAGAUUGCUGAAAAUCCAAAAGGAACAUGAGACCGCGAAGAAUCAGCUGAACGGGGACAUGCGCCGCCUGCAGAAGAGUCUGGCUGAGCAGAGUCGUAGACCCGCGGAGCGACUGGACAAUCAGCCGUUGCGGCAGGGAAAGGAGCUUCGCCAUCAGGCCCCGCAGGUCACGGAGCGAGUGGCCAAUCAGCCGUUGCGGCAGGGAAAGGAGCUUCGCCAUCAGGCCCCGCAGGUGAAGAAGGUUUCUGCAAACCCUCCUACGAUUGUUGUGAAACAUGAAGUCACUGACCCAGCACCCAAAGUCCAGCCAGCCAUGCAUGAGCACCCCCUGGUGCUCCCAAAGCUGGACCCCAUAGUGGAGCUCUCAGACGAGGACCGAGAUUCUUCAAGCAUAUCAGAGAAGAAAACCAUUUCACUUGAGGUUCAGGAGAGGGUGAAAGAGUUCCUGAAGAACCCAGCGGCCAAGCGAGAGAUGAGAGAGAUCGUGGAACAGACCCUUGGGGAUGAGCUUCACUCUCUGGGCAUUACAUCAGAAACACGAGGCCUCUCUCAAGGAGAAUAUAACCGCCUCACGAUGGAGGUUCGUCAGAAGCGGAGCUGUCUGGUCGUGGACGGUCCUCGGCACCAGCGCGUCCGAGCGGAGCUGUCACUCCGACUGGACCAGAGGGUGCAGGACAGACUAGCGGGCUGCAGCUCCGCCCCAGAGAAGCAGCGCAGGACAAGAGACGCUCCAGUGGCUCUGCCAAGGACCAUGUCCAGUAGCCUGUGGUCUCAAGGAAGUCGGACGAUUUCAGAUGCUCCAGCCAAACAGUUGCAGACCCCAAAAGCAUCCAGCAUAUCCAGGACAAAAGCCCAACCCAGCACCUCCACACCUAAGGCACAUCAGGUCAGUUCAGAUGAUGAGUCUGAGGAAGGGCUGGUGCCUCCGAGCUCAAAGAGAAGCUCCUGCGUGGGAAGCCAGCCCGUGGCCGUCCCCAGGGCACUCGCUCCGCAGGUGCUGGUGUGCAGAGAGCGCUCGAGCGCUGCGGUGGAGCGCGACGGAGGCUGGACCGAGGGCAGCGAUCUGGAGGAGAUCAGCACGCAGCAGCAGAACUCCAGUCCCAUGAGCCGCAGGACGCCUGGACACAAGGCUCUUGGCCAUCAUGUGAAAGACUUAACAAGGAACCUGGAGAACCAGCUGGCGGACCAGGGGCCGGCUAAACUGGCAGGAAGCAUCAACACCAUCAACACAGCAAAUUACUUUGGGACCCACAAUAGCAUGAAAUCUAUUCCCAAGAGCAAGGAGGUGGUGCAAGAACUCAAGAACGGGAAGGGUGAUGAUGAUGAUGAUGACGACGACUGGGACAUCUCAUCUCUGGACGACGUUUCUAAGCCCAACUCCAGCCUCACCCUGGUGCAGAAGACUCUGGACUCCUCCAGCACGAGCGUGUGGGGUCCCUCCCCUGGCCUCAGCCCAAAACCUGGCCUGACGGAGGCCGGCACAGGAAGCACUCUGAAGAGCAGUCUGGUGUCCGUCAGCGACUGGAGCAGUUCGGAAGAUGAAUAGGUCAUAGGUCAAAGAUCAAUAGGAAGAUGAAUUGGUUUUAUUUCUUACAGACCAUAAAUUACACUCAGUCCCAGUCAUCCCACCCCACAGACACACACACAAACAAUAAAUACUUCAU